AUGGCCCACCCAAAGGAUCAGACGAUUCUAAACUUUGUUCGCGCCGCGGCCGGUGAAAUGAAUCGAGAAGAACCCGACGAAUACGUGGGCAAGAUUGACAAGCUGCUCCAGAUCAUCUACGGCCGUCGCAUGUCGUCUACAGAUAGGAAAGUACAGGCGCUCGUCACCUCAUCCUUUCAACCUGAGGACCGUUACUCUUUGGUCAACGUCUAUCUCACGAUGCUCGUCAAUGAUCGCCAGCAGCCCCCGUUGCUCAGCAUUCCUGCCGAAGUGCCUGUCGAAGUGCUUGUCCGACCGCUUCUCCUACCCGUCCAUUUGAUGCUUUUCGUGACCAAGCUGAUGCCCUAUGAACGUCACAUCGACUCUCAGUUGGUGCAGAACCUCGGAGCGGAGCUGAACGUGGCUAUGGAGAGCAUCGAAGUUGACCGGCUCGUCAACCUCUACACGGUGAACCUAACCCCGUUGGUCAUCGCGAAAUUGCUACUCUCCGCAUACCCUGACGUGCUAAAGGAAGACGGCAACCCGAAUUUA